UUUGCGCUCCGCGCAGCUGGGUCCCCGCGGCCCCUGCGCACCCCUCCUCCGGCUCCCGGCUCCUUUCCGUCCCGCCCAGCCCGGCGGCUUUGAGAGAACGUCUUGGAAAGUUCUUACUUCUCCCCAAACGUCGCCUCACUUCCUGAGGCUCGUCAGCGUCUCUUCGCUUGAUGUCAUCUAACAAAUUGCCUGGAUCAUCUGGAUCAAAUAUGAUCUAUUAUCUGGUUGUAGGUGUCACAGUCAGUGCUGGUGGAUAUUAUACUUACAAGACAGUCACAUCAGAGCGAGCCAAACACACGGAACAUAUAACAAAUUUGAAAGAAAAAACCAGAGCAGAGUUACAUCCACUUCAAGGUGAAAAGGAGAACCAUGUGGAAGCUGAGAAAGUAAGUUCACAAGUCCCUGAAGUAUCUCUUGUGGAAGUCCCAGAGGUCGAUGCAGAAGAUACAUCGGAUGCUCCAGGUGCAGCCAUGAGAGAGGCCUCAGCCCGUCCAGGUGAUUUGGAGGACACCCUGGUGGAGACCCACAUGGUUGGUGCUGAAGCUGGGGAGGAGGGUACACCUGCAGCACCCAGCGAAACGGCAGAGGUCAACACUGAGAUGCCCUCGGCGGUUCAGAAUGCAGCGUUGGAUGAAGCCGGUGCCAUCAGUGAUGAUGAAGGGACAACAGAGAAGGAACGCUCCGGUGACGUUGCUGAACCAGAAGAAGAGAGGCCUCCAGCUGAGUCAGGAUCCUCUGCUGCAGAUGGUUUCCAGGAGGAAGCCAGUGUUGGUUCCGAGGCAGCCUCUGCUCAAGGCUAAUCUCACACUGAGUGACACUUCAGCAAAAGAAGGCCAUAGAGUGUCUGAUAGGUGCUUUUGGAGUUUCAGUAAUCUUAGUUUCAAAAUAGGCUUCUUUUCUAGAAAACUUUGAUGUGCCUUGAAGAUUUUUGGCAUCUACUGAUAGAUUUCAGGAUUGAGAGAUUUGAGAUUUUACAUGUCUGAAUAGUUUCCUACUCUCUGAGAUCAGAAUACGACAUUGCAGUGAACAGCUUAAAGAGUUCCGUCUUUGGAUUUAAGUUUUACAUCAUAGCAGUUGAGCUACCUGCAUUCACUUUAAUUUUGCUGUACCUGUACCUUACUUUAAUGUUUGUGAUUCUAGAUUCUUGAGUUUUGAUUUGAACUCACUUAAAUAAAACUGGAAAAUCUUUA